AACACCUCGUGCGUAGAAAAAAACCCACAAGGCAUCGUGUCAGACUACAGUCCACAACUGAAAACACUCUCUCCUGCAGAACUGAGGGAACGGACAGGUUUGCGCGAGACCCAGACCAGGUGACCACGUGACUGCUGCAUUUGACCUCGUCUUCCUCGGUCUAUCACUCACGGAGUCCCACACGCCAGCAGUCGGUAUGGCCAGUUUCCCAGUCAGCCUGACCGCCUUGGAUAUGUAUGCAGUCGAGGACGGGCUUAGUUACCAGCCCAUCAGUACUAUAGUGUCUGAGAUCAUCAACGACCUGAGUCCCAUGAUGCAACAGGACGGCUUCACCUUCGAGGAGGAGGUGGUGACGUCAUCAGAACAGGACAGCACAGAACGUUUCGUGGAGCUGCAAGUUUUGUCAGCGGAUACCAAUCCCAUGUGGGGGUGUCAGAAAAAAGAGGAACCAACCCAGUUCAGACCAGUCUACAGUCCCGACGGGUACAGAACGGACCAAGACUUCUGCAUUCCCACAAACAGCGUUUUUUCAGCACAGUCCCGAGGUUACCGCCCAGACGGGUACGACAGUGACGGCAUGACCCCCAGCAGCGGCAGCGAGUCCCCCGCGUCCUCCCGCAGCAGCUCCGCCAGCUCGGACGAUGACGAGGACUACGUCCCCCUGGAGAUAUCCGACGACGAGGAGGAGGCAGAAGACGAAGUCCCCUCACCUAAGUGGCCCUGCAGAUACAACCCGGGCGGCUUCCACACCAGGAUCCCCUCCUCGCCAUCCAAGAGAAGACACGGCCAGCCAAUCCUGUGGAAGUUCCUGUACGAGAUGCUGAUGGACCCACAGUACAGCAAACACAUCUACUGGACCAACCAGAGCAAGGGCAUGUUCAAAUUCGCCUCCGAGAAGAAGGAGGAGAUUGCCCGGAUGUGGGGUGAGAAGAAGGGGAACCGCUGUGUGAUGACGUAUCAGAAGAUGGCGAGGUCACUGCGGAACUACUCCAACCAGAAAAGGCACCUGGUCAAGGUCAAGAGGAAACUCCAGUACCAGUUCCUUAGCGACUCACUAGUGGCCAGGGCUUAGAGGGGGGCUUUGGAGGUUGAUGAGUAUUUUGUAUACAAGUGUACGACAAAUUUACCCAAAAUUAUAUACUCAACUCAUAAAGCAUAGCUAUAACGUUAUAUGUUUUCUCAGCCUGGGGAAUUUUCCGGUUUGUUUGUCUGUUUAACGUUAAUAGCUAUCUUCGUGAUCAUUCCUGAAAGCUGUUAUCAGUUAUAUUCAAAGCGAACCUCUCUGAUGGCUAAGUAUAUUUUAAGGUGCCAGCGAUGUUUUGUCUGCGCCAUGACGUUUGAAUGAUUUUGUACUAAUGACCGAAUGACACAUGAGGCUGAUACCAUGAACUCCAGAAAAUGGAGAUGGAACUCUCGUGUGAAGAAGACCCGUCUAGUAACGCCGUUGGCGCGCAUUCGUGUAUGUGAAAGUCACAGCCUAGUACCGUAAGAUAAGGAACGCUAUUUGCGUCAAUGGUUUAUUGUUUUGUAUAAGGUUAGAACGUGGUGGAAGUUUGGUAAAACCAGUAGACUUUGAGCAGGCUCUGUGUGUUCUGUUAGAUGGUGAAAAUAAACCUUGCUGGCAUGGUUCAUUUUUAGUUCUGCCUUUGUAACCAGUAAAGUUAACCAUACUUUCUCAAAGUCAGACUCUGUAUAGUCCGGAUGUUCAUUUUGUAUUCUCUUCUUAUAUUUUCUUUUCAAUAAAAUAAAAAUUGGUGCAAAGCAACA